AUGGGGAAUAAAAAGGCACCCAAGGCGGUAGCCUCCAACGUCUCCUCAGUCGCAAAUCCUGCAGCGUCUUCCAACACACAAACCGCCAACAGAUCCUCCAUCCUCCGAUCGUCCUUCUCUCCCUCUCAUUUCCAGCUCUCCUUAUUCGCUUCGGUCAUCCAAGGUUUUGAUGCGCAGCAUCUUCGCAUACAUGACACCAACACUGGCCGGUUACGUUGCGAGCACACGAUCAAUUCAAAGGCCUCGAUAACCUGCUUGGAUUGGGGCUACUAUGGCGAAAACCACCGAGACCGGCAUCACCAAGAAUCCAAGAAGAAGCGGAAACGUAGUGAUCUGGUCAACGGAGAUGUGCCCAAGGAUCAAGCCAGGAACGUUGUGGUGGCAUUAGGGACGAGUGACUCGGAGGUGCAGAUGUUCUCACCCGCAGAGGCGAAAACUGUGGGAGCAUUGAGAGAGGCACACACACAUGGCAUAAGAGAUUUCCGGUUUGCUAAUAUUGGGGUCUAUGCCGAGGGGUGGAGCAUAGGCGGAGAUGGGAGGCUCGUGCAGUGGGAUUUGAGGAAGAACAGAGUGUUAAGAACUGUUAUACUGCCAAAUGGACCUGCAAAUACUCUGCGGCCAUUGCCAUCAUCUGUAAUUUGUGCCUCCCAUCACGCCUACAUCUUGGACCCAGAGUCUAAGGAGCAGCCGCCAGUCUUCAAUGCGUCCACCAACACUGUUCACAGUAUAGUGAACUCUGCACCUAGGGCUUCGAGCGGCGUUACGUUCUUGACUGCUGCCGAAAGCGAUCGUUUUAUCAACGUCUUCAACGGCGACUCUCCCACACUGAUUGGCUCAUUGCGUACCGAAAACGAAGUCAUUUCCCUCGACCUUUACUCCGGACUGGGCUACUUGACUAAGGCCGAAAAGCCUAGUGAUCUUUCGGUCCGAAUGGUUCAACCACAGGAGGUGCUUGCUGCUGUCAACAAGGAUGGAGUGCUCGAGAUCUUCCCUGAACCAUUCGAUUUCGGUAACGCUUCUUCGAAUAAAGAGUCCGAGAGCUUAAAAGCUAGGAUGAAGCAAAGGACACGGAAAGCGGCUGCCCAAAUCAGGAUGAGAAGGCCUGACAAAUUCUCCAGUAUUGUGCCACUUCUCAAUGCUUCGUUUCAAGGGAAUGACAUUGCUUUGGCUUGGGCGGAAGGAGGCGUCAACCUUCUCUUUGAUACGGUCCAUUGGCGAGACGAGGGUACUGGCAAUCUCUUAUUGAACGAGAUGACGGACAUUGUCAAGGCGAAGAGUGGCGCUGGUGUUGGAGCUGUAGUCAUGAAUGGCGUCAAGGAUAUGGGAAAGAAUCAUGUCGACGAAUCUCGGACGCUGGUGGCAAAUGGCGGAGGCACAGCGGAUGUGCCAAUGAAGGAUGAUCCACCAGAAGUCAUAGAUAUCUCAAGCGGAAAAGAGGAAAGCGAGUUUGAAGAAGAUGAUGUUCCAGCCCAAGUAGGCGAGGCCAGUGCGCGGGAAGGAGAGAAGGAAUCAGGAUCUGAAGAUGAUGUUGAGAUGGAGGAUGUGGAAGCUAAGGAAGAUGCCGCGCAAGAAGAUCUAGACACUGAUAUUGCGCCUGGACAUGACGAAGAAGUAGGGGAGCCGUCCUUUGGGGACCUCAUCCGAGUUAAUGCCCUUGAGGCUGUCGACGUUCAAGCUAGCUUCAUAGACCCAGAUGCGCAAAGUCUCGUGCCGGCCGGCGAUCGAAGUCUGCAGCAGCUUCCCUCCGGAAUGUCGCUUGGUACGGUUCUAACGCAAUCUCUCCGCACAAAUGAUACCAACCUUCUCGAGACUUGUUUUCAUGUCAAGGAUCUUGCCACGGUCCGUGCCACCAUCGAACGUCUCGAUUCAUCAUUCGCCACAUUGCUGUUACAACGCCUAGCAGAGCGUCUCCAUAGCCGACCAGGUCGAGCUGGGAGUCUCAUGGUCUGGAUACAGUGGACCCUCGUUGCUCACGGAGGUUAUCUCGCGGGGCAGCCAGAGGUCAUGAAAAAGCUCGCGUCACUCCAUCGUGUUGUCAAAGACCGCGCAAAUAGCUUGCAUUCGUUGCUUUCAUUGAAGGGCAAGCUGGAUAUGCUUGAGGCGCAAAUGAACUUGAGGAAGAGCAUGCAAGCGCGGUCAAGGGCAGCCAAUGCUAUUGACGAGGACGAUGAGGAAGGCGUGAUUUAUGUGGAGGGGCAGGAAGAGUCGAGCUCUGAAGAGGAAGGGCAGGACCAGAUAGCGGAGAACGCAAGUGAUUUACCGCAGUCGAAAGCCGGAGCGAAGGGUCAAGACUUGACCGGACAGGUAGAUUACGAUACAAUUGGCAGCGACGGAGACAGCGACGAGGAGGAUAGCGAAGAGGAGAUGCCCACGACUAUAAAUGGCACCGCUGAUGCAGAGGAUGAAGACAGCGAGAGCGAAGAGGAGGGACUCUUCGACGAAGAAGCGUCAUCGACAGACAACGACUCAGUCGACGAAGCCUCGGAGGAUGACAUUGACCACGACUCCAUUGAUACCGACUCGAGCGACGCGGAAACCUCCCCGCCGCCCAAAAGGCCGGCAAAGUCGAAGCUGAGCAAUGGCAUUGGUGCUAAGAAGCGAUAA